AUGUGGCGAGCGGCCGCCUCCCGCCUCCUCAUCCCCCGGCCGUCCUCUCCGGCAGGCGCUACAGCGGCAUGUACUGUGCGGAACCUCCGCCGUCUCACAUCGUUGAGGCCGGAGCCGCGCCCAGCAGAGGCUGAGUUCACGUCGGCGGAAGCUCGGCGAAUGGUGCGGCUUGUUGGACUCGAGGUGCUCAAGAGGCGGCUGCGGAGCCGGGAGGACGAGGUGGUACCAUACGCCGAGUUCCUAGACGCGUGCGUGGAUGCCGGCGCGGCCCCGACGCGCCGCCAGGCAGAGGCACUCGCGGGGGCGAUGGACCAGUCCGGCAGCGUGGUGCUCUUCCGGGGAAUGGUCUACCUCCAUCCCGAGAAGAUAGUAGACCUGGUUAGAAGCGCAGUGCCGCCUGUGCUCGAGAUAGAGAAUGAUGCGAGAAGGGAAGAGUUUGAGCUACUGAAGAAAAAGAAAGGAGAGAUCGACCGGCAGGCGUGCAAGCAAGUGAGGCGAAUCCUCUGGUCUGGCUUCUGGUUCGUGCAAGCCACGGUCGGCCUCUGCUUCCGCUUCACAUUCUGGGAGUUCACGUGGGACGUUGUAGCGCCGAUCACCUUCUUCGUGGCCGGCGCCCACCUGCUUUCCGGCUACGCCUAUUUCCUCAUCACCUCGCGCAACCUGUCAUAUCGAACCUACAUGGAGAGGCUGUUUAAAUUAAGGAGGAGAAGGCUUUGCACGAAGUAUGGUUUUGACAUGGAGAAGUGCCUGGAGAUGGAGAGGCACAUGAGGUGUCCUCUGGGAGGUGAUUAUUCUCAAGCUGCUACCAAAGCGAUCUUCGGAGAAAUCGAGCGACGGAUGCAGGACGAGGUGAUCAGCCAUGGCGAGCCUCUCGGUGCGCUGAUGGAGAGUGGCCUCAUGCCCACAGAGGCGGAGGCACUCGUGCAGAAGAUGGACGAAAUGAGCUUGGUGCUGCUCGUCAGGGGAAAGACCUACCUCAACCACAAGAAGAUUGCGGACCUUAUCAGAAGGGCCAUGCCGUUUGCGCUCGCCCCAGAGGACGACGUGAGAAAAGACGAAUUCAGACAACUUCAGACGAGGAUGCAAGAGAUCAACGGCAUGGCGCACAGGCAUGCCGUGCGGAUUCUAUGUUUUGGCUUCGCAUCAUUCAUACUCCAGUUUGCCCUCUUCUUCCACCUUACGUUCUGGGAGUUCUCUUGGAGUAUCAUGGAGCCGCUCGCCUACUUCUUGGCCGGACUCCAGCUGAUUUUCUGCUACGGCUAUUUCCUGCGUACCGCGAGCAAUCCGACGUUACAGGACUUCAAGCGUAGGCUGUUCUUGGCAAGGAGGAGAAAGCUAUGUGCAAAGCUUAGUUUUGAUAUGGACAGGUACCUGAAUUUGCAGAAACACUCUAGGGUUCCUCCUGAAGGUGAUUAUUGA